CAAUGCUGUCUUACAUAAGACGGGAUUCAUAAAAAGCUCACAGGUCCAAAAAAAAGAUCUUUGGGGAAGGCUCACUGUCAGGGUUCAGGUCCAAAGAGAAAGUUGAACUUUUUCACAGGAGGAUCUCAUCUCAGGGAGGAGUAUGAUAAAACUGGUGAUAAUUGGGGUUGUGUGUGGUGCUGCCGCACUGACCAUAGGCAUCCUAAUUGGUCACUUUGGUAUUUCCAAGAGCGGGACCUCUGCACCAUCGUGGCUGGAAGAUGUGGCGAAGGAUGUGGAUGAGAGCCUCAUUGAGAAGUUCAUGUCGGAGGUGGACAACAUCCAGAUUGAGGAAAAUCUCAAGAGCCUGACAAAAGUGCCCCAUAUGGCUACCACGGCUGGAGAUGAGGAGACUGUACAGAUAAUGCUUAAGAGAUGGCAAGACCCUGAAACUGGACUAGACAAGGCCUGGAGAGAGGAGUACUGGGUCUACCUGUCCUUCCCUGACAAAAAUAACCCUAAUAAGGUCACUGUAGUGAGCCCAACCGAUACGGUGCUGCACACAAUAAGAGAAAAAGAAAAGCCUUACACUCCGGACCAAAGCGAUCCCGAGGUGGUUCAGCCGUACGCAGCAUACUCCCCUGCAGGACAUGUAAAGGGGAAAUUGGUUUAUGCCAAUCAGGGGAAGCCAAGUGACUACAGCGAACUGAACAAGGCAGUGGACCUCAGAGGAACUAUUGCUAUCACCAAAUAUGGUGGAGCAGGAAGAUCGGCUAAAGCCAUCAAUGCAGCACCAUAUGGCGUCGUUGGGGUGCUUGUCUAUACAGAUCCUUUGGACAUCAACGAUGGUCUCAUGUCAGACGCCAGUGAAACGUAUCCUCACUCCUGGUACAUGCCACCCACUGGCGUGGAAAGAGGUUCCUACAACAUCGACUUUGGAGACUUGCUGACACCUCACUUGGCUGCCAAAGAGGAAACAUACAGAAUCAAUGCCACAGACAUUACAGGCAUUCCUCCUAUUCCAACUCAACCAAUCGGAUUUGAGGACGCCUAUCGAUUAAUCUGUGAGUUGGGUGGAGAACCAGCUCCAGAUGCAUGGCAAGGAGGAUUCAACUGUACCUACAAUUUUGGUGGUCCAGGGUUCAAACCUACAUCCAGUUUCAACAACAGUGAUGUAAAACUGGACAUCUACAACUAUGAAGAGGUGAAACCCUCCUCUAAUGUAAUGGGUUUUAUCAGAGGAAGUGUGGAGCCAGACAGGUAUGUGAUAUAUGGCAACCACAGGGACAGUUGGGUUCAUGGAGCGAUAGAUCCAAGCAGCGGCACAUCAGUCAUGCUGGAAAUUACCAGGGUGCUGGGCAAGAUGGUCAAACAGGGCACCUGGAGGCCUCGUAGGUCCAUUAUUUUUGGAAGCUGGGGAGCUGAGGAGUUUGGCCUUAUUGGGUCUGCAGAAUACACAGAGCAAUACUUUGCAGCACUCAGUGAACGAAGUGUUGCUUACAUAAACGUGGACAUUGCAGUCUUUGCUAAUGCUACUCUCGGAGCUUCAGGCAUGCCAUCAGUGCAGAAUGUCAUCUUUAAAGCUGCACAACAGGUCAAAGCACCUGGCCACGAAAAAUCUGUGUAUGACAACUGGUUACAGUACACAAACAAAACCAGCCCCAGCCAUGGAUUAAUUCCCAGGAUGGGAUAUCUAACAGGAGCAGGGAGUGAUUAUGCUCCCUUCAGCCAUUAUCUAGGAAUCACCUCCAUGGACAUUUCAUACACAUAUGACAAGACUAAAACAAAUGCUCGGAUUUAUCCUGCAUACCACACAGCAUAUGACACUUUUGACUAUGCUUCAAAGUACAUUGAUCCUGGCUUUGUCGGUCAUCAAGCUGUAGCCAGGACUGCAGGAAAUGUCCUGAUCCGACUGGCUGAUAGCUUGAUCCUGCCAUUAAACUGCGCUGACUACGCUGAAAGUCUGGAGGAAUACCUCAACACUGCUUUGAACCUAUAUGAGGAGAAACUUAAAACUAUGAAGAUUUCAAUGGAACCCCUAAAACAUGCAGUGACCAGCUUUCGUGCAGCAGUUUCUAAUUUGCAGAAGGUGAUUCAAAGUCCAGACCUGGCAAAUGAAACGCCGCUUAAGGUCAGAUGGAUCAAUGACCAACUCAUGCUUCUGGAUCGAGCUUUCUUGAACCCUCUGGCUUUCCCAGAUAAAUAUGGAUUUAGGCAUGUUAUCUGGGCCUCAAGCAGUGCUGGCAAACGAACCUUCCCAGGUCUAGCUGAUGCCUAUGCUAAAGCUGAGUCAUCAGGGCAGGCCAGCGACUGGGACAAAGUUCACUACCACCUGUCAGUAUUAAGCCAAGCCAUACUGGGUGCUGCCAGCACACUGACUGAUGACAUGCAGACUUAAACUUGGAGGAAGUAACUGCACUAACUCGGGAAUUUAAUCAAAAUGCCAUUGGCUUUUAGCAAGAUUAACUAUACCAGCUGUUGUUAAUAGAGGUUGGUUUUGUUUUUGAUUACUUUAUGUAGUCUUUCAGAAAUGAAUGAAUAAAAAUGGAGGAAAGAAAGCUUGAAAGGCAAAUGUGUUUGGGGCACUAGUCACCAUGAGGCAGGAACAUCUUAUCAAAGGAGAUUAGACCACAGUUUUAAUUUUUCUCUUUUGUUUACAAAUGUAAAGAUGACUUUGGUUUCUUUGGUAGAAAACUAGGUCUUGUACCCUGUAAAUGUAUGAUAUAAAUGUUGUCUUUACUUGUCAAAAGAAAGCUUUUGAGUCUUGAGCAUAUGGUGCUACGUUUCCCCACACACAUUUGUCAGCAAUAUUUUCACAACAGUAACAGCUGAACAUAUGUAAUGAGCAUGUGCCAAGACUUUAUCAUUUGUUAGGAGCCCUAUGAAGUUGUACCUCUGAACUUCUCAACUGUCUCAUAAUUAGGAAAAACAAACAUACAGAAUGCUGCAUUGUGAACUGGCUUUAAGGCCCAUAAAUGGUUAUGCUAUUGGAUGGUGUAAUGGCAUAUGGAGCAAUAAAAUUUUACUUGGAAACA